GGAAUGAAAGCUACUGGCUAACUUAAAAACCCCUGGGCUUCACAGCUUUGAAGGCAUCCCAGAGUGAGACACAAUGUCAACAGCAGGAGUUUCUGCUCAGGAUAUUCGAGUCCCAUUAAAAACUGCAUUUCUGCAUAAUGGCCAGGCCUUGGGGACUAUGAAGACCUGCUGGGGCAGCCGCAGUGAGUUUGAAAAUAACUUUAUAAAUAUUGAUCCAAUAACCAUGGCCUACAGUCUGAACUCCCCCACUCAGGAGCACCUAACAACUCUCGGGUGUGCUUCUCGGUCUGCUCCGGUGAGUGGUCACUUCUUUGCAGAAUAUGGUCGGUCUCCAAAGUCAAGCUUGCCCCCUCUUAUCAUCCCCCCAAGUGACAGCUCUGGACAUCGAGAAGAGGAUCAGGUUGUGUGUGGUUUUAAGAAACUCUCAGUGAAUGGGAUCUGCACUUCCACACCUCCACUUACACCCAUCAAAAACUGCCCUUCCCCCUUUCCCUGUGCAGCCGUCUGUGAUCGGGGCUCUCGGCCGCUCCCACCAUUGCCCAUCUCUGAAGACCUGUCUCUGGAUGAGGCCGACUGUGAGGUAGAAUUUCUGACCAGCUCAGACACAGACUUCCUUCUAGAAGACUGUGCCCCUUCUGACUUCAAAUACGACGUUCCUGGUAGGCGAAGCUUCCGUGGGUGUGGACAGAUCAACUAUGCAUAUUUUGACACCCCAACUGUUUCUGUAGCAGAUCUCAGCUGUACAUCUGACCAGAACAGAGCUGUUCCAGAUCCAAACCCUCCCCCACCUCAAAGCCAUCGCAGAUUAAGGAGGUCUCACUCAGGACCAGCUGGCUCAUUUAACAAGCCAGCCAUCCGCAUAUCUAGCUACACACACAGGGCUUCUCCCAGCUCAGAUGAAGACAAGCCUGAGGUCCCUCCCAGGGUUCCUAUACCUCCUAGGCCAGCCAAGCCAGACUACAGAAGGUGGUCAGCAGAAGUGACCUCCAACACAUACAGUGAUGAAGACAGGCCUCCCAAAGUCCCCCCAAGAGAACCUUUGUCACGGAGUAACUCCCGUACCCCAAGUCCUAAAAGCCUUCCAUCUUACCUCAAUGGGGUCAUGCCCCCAACACAGAGCUUUGCCCCUGACCCCAAGUAUGUCAGCAGCAAAGCCCUGCAAAGACAGAGCAGCGAAGGGUCUGCCAGCAAGGUCCCCUGCAUCCUGCCCAUCAUUGAAAAUGGGAAGAAGGUUAGUUCAACACAUUAUUACCUACUACCUGAGAGACCGCCAUACCUAGACAAAUAUGAAAAGUAUUUUAGGGAAGCAGAAGAAGCAAACCCAAGCACCCAAAUCCAGCCAUUACCUGCUGCCUGUGGUGUGACCUCUGCCACAGAAAAGCUGGCCUCCAGGAUGAAAAUGGACGCGGGUGGUCACAUCAAGCGCAAACACUUAUCCUACGUGGUUUCUCCAUAACUAAGGGGUCAGGGUUCAGCAGAAGAAGUUACGUGGAGAGGAUGGCUCCCAAUUGAGUUUCGCAGAACAAUGUCAGGUUGCAGAAUGACGUUGGACUCUGUCUUGGGUGAGGUGCUGUUAGCUGGGAGCCCCUGACUUACCAGCGGAGGACGAAAGGAUAAUUUAAAGCUGUGUAGAGAGGAGGGAAGAAUGGAAAACUUUUACAUUUGACUACAUUAUAUACCUAUGUAUAAAUGUGCGGUGUAACCAUAGACCAUAGCUGCAGGAUAACCAAUUAGUCACUAUCUUAGAGUAAUACAUAUUCAGGGUACAUCAAGUCAGGCUGGAGAAGCAGCUCCUGGCUGAAAAUUGAGCAAUGGAAGAAAGCAGUAUUGUUAGAUCAAAUUAUAAAUUUGUUAAGUUCGAGGAUUCUUGGCAUUUGGGCCUGCUAUAUAGUUUGUGUGCCCACCCCACCCCUCCCCCACCCCCAGCAGUCGUCUCCAUACAGGACAGGGCAUGCUCUUCACCAGGCCUGUACCGUCUUGCUGAAACCAUUCUGUGGCCUAACUCUUCCAGCUCUAGGGUUUUGUCUUGUUGAGAAGGACAGCAGUUUCUGGACCAUGUUAUGACCUGUGUACGUCUCAUAUCUUGAAAAUUGACAGAAUUGGUGAAUAACUUCCACACUGUUCCUGCUUUUCCCCCGUCCAUUGAAAUGGCCUGUCAUAGCAAGAGGCUUUCAGGAAAGUAUGGUGGAGUCGUACCAGCCAUCAGUGUCGGGGACGAGAGUUUUAUAGAUUAAUGCAGCAAUUAGCUGUGUGAUAGAGAGUUCCUGUGAGGAGGUAUGGUAUGUUGUUUGUUUUUUUGUUUUUUAGACUUAAUAAACAAGUACAACACAAGCUGGCCUUGUGUUGCUGGUUCCUGUUCAGUAUUUCCUGGGGAUUGCUUUUUAAGUGAAACACUUCUGACCAAUAGCACAGAAUGUCUUAAUGCCAGAGGUCACUUCAGCAUCUUCCUGCUUUGAAAACUCAUGGCUGGCUGCUUCACUGCCCUGAGACUCAGUGAGACACGUAGCUUUGCUCAGCUUUUUCCAUCCUCUGAUGCGUUUAUCUUGUACAGAUGCGCACAAAGAGAAGGUGCUUGCUAGCAGAGGGCAAUGCUGCGAUGUCCCCGUGAGCUGUGGAGUUGAAACUGCUGAGUGACAUUAUUUGAGCUGUUUACAGCUUACUGUAUGUUAGUGUGAACUAAAUGAAGGUUAAAACAUGCUUUAGAAAAAUGCACUGAGCUCUGCACUGUGUGUACAGUAUUGGACAAAGGAUUUAUUCAUUUUGUUGCAUUAUUUUGAAUAUUGUCUUUUCAUUUUAAUAAAGUUAUAUUACUUAUUUAUGACACCGUUAA